AUGGAGCAAGCGCAGAAAGAUCGGAAGCAGCUCCAGGAGCACGUGGACCGCUUGGGCGACGGCCUCGUCAAGACGCACAUGCUCAAGGCUCUCGCCGAGCUGGAUGCUAUCCUGGCCAAGGAAGCCACCGAGGACCCUUUGGUCGUGCGCAUUCGCAGCCGCGGACUUGUGGUGAAGCAAGGGAAAGAUGCGCUCGGGCUUAUUGUGCACCUUCUCCUGCAAGACGCAGGCUUUGUGUCUGGCACAGCGACCACCGAGCGUGACGCACUCUACGUGCCGAGCGACUGGGACAAGAACGCUACCGAGGGCAUCUACAUCUUCAACUACCAGUUCCAGCUGCGCCGCUCGACGCGGCCGUUUGUGCUCAAGGCACUGUAUAUUGGCAACACGCUCGCGGUGCACAUUACGGACGAGAACGACAAGGUGACUUCGAUCGAGCUCAAUGCCCCAGCCUACAUCCGCGACCUCACAGCGACGAACGCCAACGCGGCCGACGUUGUGCAGAACAUGGCGGCCCUCCGUCAGCAGUGGACGAGCUUUGUCGAGUCCUUCUUGCCCAAGGACGAUGCCCUCGGUGACGUGCCGCCAAUGCGCCGCCCGGAGCCCGGGUACCCUCGGAUGCCGUCCGUGGGUCGUGGUGACAUCAUGCCAGACUUUGGCAUGGGCGGGCACCGUGACCCUGGCAUGCUGGUCGGGCCCAACCACCCGCUUUUUGGCGGGCCGCCUGCGUUUCAAGGGUCCGUGCCUGGCGCUCGCUUCGAUCCGUACGGACCUGUGGGGCCUCGUCCGAUGCAUCCAUUUCCCAACCAGCCUAGCGGUCGGGCGCCGCGCCAGCCUUUCGGAGGACCUGACCCGGACCACCUUCGCAUGCCUGGAGACCGCGACCCUAACGUCGACCACAUGUUCUUCUAGUCUGCAUCGGCUCGUAAACUGGGCGUAAGCUUAGACCAGAAUCGGUUUGAGUGAUGGAACG